CUCGGCUGCUCUUCUUUCUUACUCAACCCUACCAACCACCUCGGUCCCUUUCAUCCCAUAUUUUUUCCGUUUUUCUUGCUUGGCUCCUCAAUCUUUCUUUCCUUCUUAUUCUACUACUAUUUUGUGGUUAAUGCUUCUCCCCCUAAUCAUUUGUCUCUCCGCCGCCCACCGCUGUGCCUUGGGCUUUAAUGAUCUCUAUUUCAUACCCCUUUCUUUCAGCGAUUGGAGGCGGCGGCCAUUGAAGAGCUUAUUUUUGCUUUUUAAUCUUAUAGAGGGCAGUCAAGGAUAAGAGAGGGUGCAACGGAUGGCGGAAGUGGUUGGGCCUCGGGUUUACAGCUGCUGCAAAUGUCGAAACCAUGUCUGUCUUCACGAUGAUAUAAUUUCGAAAGCUUUUCAGGGAAGGAACGGGCGAGCCUUUUUGUUUUCUCAUGCGAUGAACAUAGUCGUGGGGCCGAAGGAAGACAGGCAGCUCAUAACAGGACUGCAUACGGUUGCUGAUAUUUAUUGCCGUGAUUGCCACGAGGUGCUGGGAUGGAAAUAUGAAAGAGCCUAUGAAGAAACACAGAAGUACAAAGAAGGGAAGUUUAUAUUUGAAAAAUCAAAAAUUGUGAAGGAGAAUUGGUAGUUUGCGACUUUGCGUGGAUGCAUGCUCUGUUGAUAAAGAUUCUGCAUGCAAGUGCCGUGGUCGUGUGACACUGUCUUCUGUGUCUUCUGAUGGAUUCAUCUGUUCUUCUUGUACAUAGCAGUUAACUGUAAGUUUCAGCCUCCGCUGAUCGUGCGCUCUUGCUUCCAUGUAAUUUGUAAAGGUUAUGUACUGUUGACUGGUGAUUUCUUUUGUGAAUAAGAAACAAACCUGUGGAUGCUGGUCAUGCAACACUGAAUGCUAUUCAUUUCUA